GUAUAAGUAAAAGAAGCAGAGCAAAAGCGAAAAUCAUUCUCAGCUCGCAAUUUCGUGUUUUAUUUCAAAUAAUUAUACAAAAUAAUAAAGAAAAAUGGCUACAGUGGAAGCGUUGUACAAGGAAUUGUGUGCUGAAUGGACUAAACGACCUCCAAACACGCCACGAUGCGGCCAGCUGCUGGAGCAGCUCAAAGUAGCAUUAGUUAAAAUGCAAUUUCUGCCCACAGACGGCGGCGAUGCUCAAAAUUCGAAGAAGCAACUUAUAUUGGCUCGCUCCGUGCUGGAAAUCGCCGUGGAGCAUAGUGUACUGAGCAAGGAUCUACUCGCCUUCGAACGGUAUAUGUCACAGCUGAAAUGCUAUUAUUACGACUAUGCCAAAAUAAUUGGCGAGUCUGACAGCAAAUAUAAACUGUUGGGCCUCAAUCUUCUUUACCUGUUGUCCGGCAAUCGUGUCUCCGAUUUCCAUACCGAACUGGAACUAUUGUCGGUUGACAUAAUACAACACAACCAAUAUAUACGGCCCAUACUGGCCUUGGAGCAAUAUAUCAUGGAAGGACGCUACAAUAAGAUAUUCCAAGCAAAAUCGUCAAUGCCUGCAGAGGUUUAUAAUUAUUUUAUGGAUUUAUUAGUCGAAACGGUGCGCGAUGAAAUUGGUGCCUGCAUUGAGAUGUCCUACGAGAAAAUAUCGGCCAAAGAUGCUGCGAAGCGGCUGAAUCUCCGUGUGCCGGAUGAAAUUAAAGCGUUUGGCGAGAAACGUCAAUGGAAACUGGAGAGCAAUGGAAAUUACAGCUUUACCGAUCGAAGCAUUAAGCCCAAGGAGCUGUUGCCCUCGGAGGAGCUGGCCGAGCAGGUGCUUAGCUAUGCGCGCGAUUUGGAAAUGAUAGUUUAAGUUCCCAGAAAAUUUUGUAAUUAUACUGUAAUUAAAAA